UGUAUCUGCAUGCCAUGGAGGGGAAAUACUCCUGUUUGAUUUUAAAGACAGGGGAACUUUGCUAAGGACAACUUCACUUGAAAACACGAUUCUUAUGUUCACGGUUGGCACGAAUAACCACCAUUAAACUACAUCCUCCGACGCGCUUUAUGCUAUAGUUAUAAACUCAUCCGUAGCAUCUCCAGUUAAAAUGAUCCCCAACCGGUAACUAUGCUUCCAAUGUUCUCUCCCAGUGCUUUUCAUAAGUUCGGAAUAGAAACAGGACUAUUUUAUCCUUGACGGAAUCUCCAGCAACAUUUUUACUCCGAUUGGAAUGCAAGUGCUCAUCAGGGUUCUAACCCUUAUCUUAACGUCAAACUACAUUUCCCAGAAGGCUGUGCAUUCAAGACUCUGCACUUAUUUCCUGUUUUAGGUUUCUCCGGCGCUCUCAGGGCGCGCGCGAAGAUGGACCUGGACGCCUUCGAGCGGGACAAUUCGGUGAACUGUUUGGUGGACUCCACGGUUCCUCCCGCUUGCCGAACUGAGCCCUGCAGCCUCGGCAUUGAUGAGGCAGGCCGGGGCCCGGUGUUGGGUCCCAUGGUCUAUGGAAUAUGUUUCUGUCCUGUGGCCCGGCAAGGGGAUCUAGAGACCCUGAAAGUAGCAGAUUCCAAGACCCUGACAGAGGCUCAGCGGGAGCAGCUCUUUGAGCAACUGAAUGCAGCCAAGGAUUUUGUAGGGUGGGCCCUGCGUAUCCUGUCCCCCAACUUCAUCUCAACUAGCAUGCAGCAGCGAGUGAAGUACAACCUGAACGCACUGUCACAUGACACAGCCAUUGGCCUGAUCCAGCAUGCAUUGGACUCAGGGGUACAGGUUGCAGAGGUCUUUGUGGAUACAGUGGGGCCAGCAGAAAAAUACCAAGAAAAGCUAAAACGCCAGUUCCCAGGACUGGAGGUCACUGUGAGGGCCAAAGCAGAUUCCCUCUUCCCCAUUGUCAGUGCAGCCAGCAUCUGUGCCAAGGUGGCCAGAGACAGAGCUGUAAAAAACUGGAAAUUUGUGGAAGAACUGGAAGAUGUUGCACUGGAUUAUGGCUCUGGCUAUCCCAAUGAUCCCAAGACUAAAGAGUGGCUUACACAAAGUCUGGACCCUGUCUUUGGUUUCCCACAAUUUGUACGAUUUAGCUGGAGUACCGCUCAGACCAUCCUGGAGAACAAAGCUGUGCCUGUUCACUGGGAUGAUAGUGAAGACAACCCAUCUCAGAAAAGUGCACAGUCUUUGCUGAGCUUCUUUGCCCGGAAAGAUGCUCCAGCCAAGCGCCCUCUCCAUCGCUUCUUCCAUGAACGCAAGCUAGAGACGGUGACUAGCCUCUAAGGGAGAGCAGGCCCUUCCCUUCUUGCUAAAAUCUGCUAUGCAGAUGCAAAGUACUGUUAUUUGUGAAGCGUGAUGUGUUUGACUUCACAAGAAACUUUUCUGAUUAGCUGCUUUUUCUGUUAUAACUGCUUUGAGAGACGAUUGAGGGUGGCAACUUGAGAGCACGGGCAUCAUCAACAAGGGGCAGAACCUUAUACUGAACAUUUGGAUUUCUAUAUUUUUUUACUCAGUUUUAGUGAAUAAAUUUUUAAAUGCAUGUUUGCAGCAUUAGCUUAUGUAAAUUGACUAGUGGUGAAUAAGAAAAUCAGACCAGAAAGAGACUGAGGUGCUUCAGUGUCUGAGAUGCCUGUAAAUGAAGGAAUGCUUUUUAAAAAUCAGCUUUGAAAACUCACAGCAAUUGCAUCAAAUUUUGUAAAGCAAACUCCACCCAAGGCUUCUGCUUGAGGGGAGAAAGUUGUUUUCUACUCCAGAAAAGCAGCCACACUGAACCAGAGGGUAGAAAAGGAGAUCCUUAUGCUUCUGCAGGGGUAGAGUGGCUUCUGGUCUGUGUGGGUGGGUAUCUGAGGCAGAAGUACUAGUAUCUGUAAUGAACAUGUAAGUGAAACCACUAUCAAUAAAGCCGCCUUACAUGAGAA